AUGGCCGAUACAAAUCUCUCAAAGAUCAAGCACAUUGUUCUCGUGUUGUCGGGAAAGGGUGGAGUUGGCAAGUCGUCAGUAACAACACAGCUGGCAUUGAGCCUCAUGCACAAAGGAUUCAAGAUCGGUAUAUUGGAUAUCGACUUGACGGGCCCUAGUAUCCCACGAAUGCUCGGAUUGGAUGGUCGUCAAGUACAUCAGGCUUCUCAAGGCUGGGUGCCUGUAUACGCUGACAAAGACAAGAGACUGGCAUGCAUGUCGAUUGGAUUCCUACUCCAGGAUAAAAACUCAUCUGUAGUAUGGCGAGGACCGAAAAAGACUGCUAUGAUUAAGCAAUUUCUACAAGACGUAUGCUGGGGUGAAUUGGAUUACCUACUUGUUGAUACUCCGCCUGGCACUUCAGAUGAACACAUCUCUAUUGUCGAGAAUUUGAAAGAAUAUCAACCAGAUGGUGCCGUCAUAGUUACAACGCCUCAAGGGGUCGCUAUUGCUGAUGUCCGAAAAGAGUUGUCAUUCUGUCGCAAGGUCAAGUUGCCUAUCCUGGGCAUUGUCGAGAAUAUGAGUGGUUUUGUUUGCCCACACUGCUCGGAAUGCACGAAUAUCUUUGCCACAGGUGGUGGUGAAUCCAUGGCUCAAGAGUUCAAGGUUGAUUUCUUAGGGCGGGUGCCCAUUGAUCCGCACUUUGCUGCUAUGGUGGAGACUGAUGGAGAUGAGUCAUACAUUUGCUCGUUUGAGAAGUCUAGCUUAUUUCCCAUUUUCCAGAACAUUGGUAAACACAUAACGGAUGUUACUAGUAGCAAGUAA